AUGGGAUGAAUGUGUGCAGGGCAACGGUCCAUGUCAAUGGUCAGCCUCUGUUGGGCUCGGGAAAUGGGAAGCCAAGCACGAUGGGGAGACAUGCUCAGACACAAGCCUCCCUUCACACCCCGGAGCCAAUGGAGGUCUGCUCGGCCAGCUCGUAGCCAGCACCUCCGGCUCUGCAGACCUUGAUGUCUGCACAGCAGACACAGUCUUGGACUCUUGUAGAAUGUACAGAGUUCCUUUGGAUGCCUCGGGCCCAGUGGGUGAGGGCAUGAAUGCUCUUUUCAUGGGGAGAUCUAGUGCCACCGCUCAGGGCAUCAUUGUGCACCUAGGAAUCAUUGAUUUGGACUUCACGGGGCGGAUUUACGCCAUGGUUUCCACACUCACCCCUCCUGUUACUAUCCCUGCGGGAGCCAGACUUGCUCAGCUUGUGCCUUUUAAGUCUUGUGUUUGCAGAGCGGAAGAUUGGCUGCAGGGAGAUAGCGGCUUCGGAUCCACUGGGCCGCCUCAGGUUCACUGGACUGCUGUUCUGGCAGCCAAGGAUUGUCCUGAACGGCUCUGCACCCUGUCCAUCCUUGGUGGGACACCAUCAGAGGAACAGUUGGACCAGGGUCAUCUGAAGCCUUCGACCAGUCCCUGGAACACUCCUGUUUUCUGCAUCAAGAAGAAGUCUGGGAAAUGGAGCUUGUUACAAGACCUCUGGAAAGUUAACGCUGUGAUGGAAAGCAUGGGGGCGAUGGAGGUUGGAAUGCUCAUAUUUAUCAUUAUAUGGAUGGCACCUUGGUGGCUGCACCCACCCAGGAUGAACUGCUGCGGAUACAGCCUCAGCUGAUCACUGCUUUGCAUUCUCAUGGGCUGCAAGUGGCUCCAGAAAAGGUUCAGCAACAGUCUCCUUGGAAGUAUUUGGGGGUGAAAAUUUUGGAACGAACAGUCCAACAUCAGGAGGUGCUUUUGUGCAUUCAUGAAGACGCUGAAUGAUGUCCAGAAAUUGGUGGGUGUUGUUACUUGGUUGCGUCCCUAUUUGGGACUGACCAUGGCACAACUGUCCCCCUUGUCUGGUCUGUUAAAGGGGGACUCUGAUUUAAAGUCACCUCAGACACUGACCCCAGAGGCACAGCAGGUGCCUGGAGGAGGUUCAGUGAGCAGUUUCUGCUCAUCAGGUUUAUCACAUUGACCCUUCCAUUGAUGUCGCUCUUUUCAUUGUUACUCCAGAUGUGUAUCCUGCAGGUAUCAUUGGCCAGUGGAAUCACUGUGAUCUGUAAUCAGGCCAGUGGUCUGAUCCCUUGCAUGUCCUGGAAUGGGUUUUCCUGCCCCAUCAGCCGCAGAAGACGGCGACUGCAAUGUUUGAGCUGAUAGCUCAUUUGAUAAUCAAAUGCCGACAACGGUGUUUGCAAUUGAUGGAUGCAGAUCCCGCAGAUUGUGCUCCCGGUACCAUGGGAGGAUUUUGACUGGAGCUUUGCAAAAAGUAUUUCUAUGCAAAGUGCUCUGGAGAAUUUUUCUGGGCAGGUCACCUACCAUCUGCCCAGUCAUAAAUUUUUGCAAGUGGCGAACUUCACUGAACUUUCUUUGUGGCCCAAACAUAGUCAGGAGCCUGUGCAAGGACCUACUGUCUUUACUGACGGUUCGGGGAGGACUGGAAAGGCCAUUGCUACCUGGAAGGAUGGAUCUGAGUGGCAAGUUUUGGAGAGUCGUGAGACUGGGUCAGCCCAGUUGGUGGAAUUAUGGGCUGCUGUCAUGGCAUUUCAGAAAUUUUCACAGGAACCUUUCAAUUUGGUCACGGAUUCCGCCUACAUGGCCGGUAUAGGCCAACAGUUGGGUCAUGCAGUCUUGAGGGAGGUCAGGAAUCCUGCCUUGUUCUGUUUACUGAAGGCCCUGUGGAGUGCCAUUCAGGCCCGGGUACAUCCGUAUUACGUUCUGCAUGUGAGGAGUCAUACCAGUUUACUGGGGUUUAUUGCAGAAGGUAACGUGAGGGCUGACAAGUUGACUAACCCAGCAUGGUUUGCACCUCAGCCUGAUACGCUUGGCCAGGCCAAGGUGUCACAUGGAUUCUUCCAUCAGAAUGCACAUACUUAGCAGAAAUAGUUUCAGCUGACGUCAGCUGAGGCCCUUGACAUCGUUGAGUCUUGUGACGAUUGUCAUGUGCUUGCUGCGUCUUUGCCGGCAGGGGUAAACCCCAGGGGCCUUUGGGCCUUAGAGCUUUGGCAGACGGAUGUCACUCAAGUUGCCGAGUUUGGCCGGCUCUGGUAUGUGCACGUCAGUGUGGACACUUACUCCUCUGCCAUGUGGGCUUCUGCUCACAGGGGAGAAAAGACCUGCGAUGUCAUUGCCCACUGGAAGCAGGCCUUUGCUGUCUUGGGCAUGCCUUCUGCUGUGAAGACUGAUAAUGGUCCUGUUUACGCCUCUCAGAAGGUGCGGCAGUUCCUGCAGUUGUGGGGUGUGUCACACAAGUUUCGUAUCCCUCAUUCUCUGACAGGUCAGGCUAUUGUGGAACGCACUCAUGAUACGCUAAAGUGAGUUCUGCAGAACCAGAAAUGGGGAAUGCACAGUUGGUUGGGAAAAGCUUUAUAUUCCCUCAAUCACCUCACGGUGCUGCAGAACUCCAGUAACCCGGUCAUGUUGAACCACCACCUUUCCUUGCGGGCUUUGGAUGAGAUACCUCAGCCUCCGGCGAAGGUUGGAUUCUAGUCACAAAACAGUGGGAGGGUCCUUAUGACCUCAUGGCUUGGGGGCGCGGGUAUGCUUGUGUAUCCACAGAUACUGGGGUAUGCUGGGUACCUGUGAAGUGUGUUUGUCCUGACCUGCAACCGCAGAGGCAGCAUCCGGCCGGCGAGUGAGCUGCAGGCCGUGACCAAAUUGGAAGUCAUCGGAUGGGUGGGCCAUCGGGUGAGGACUCAGAUGCAGAUGACAUGAGUGCUCAUCCCAAUGGCCCAUCCACGAGUGGGUGUUGAUGCUAGACAUUUGUUUCACUUUAUUUUUGUGGGUUUUUUGGGUUUUUUUUUGUAAUAACAACAGGGUGAGAUAGCACCCUGAAAUUACAGCCUUCUGACUGUAUGGAGCAUUGUUUAUUUUCUUAUUAUUUUCCUUUUGAUUGUUUAGAAUGUUGCUAGUUUCUUUGUUCAUU